CAACAUGUCUUUGACUAGAAGAACUGCCUCUAGUCGGACCACCAGCAGCGGCAGCAGCAGGAUGAGUUCAGACGGAGGAGGGCGUCCGGUGAAGGUGGGGUCUGUGGUGGAGGUGAUUGGGAAGGGCCAGCGUGGGACAGUGGCCUACAUCGGCACCACCUCCUUCGCUUCGGGGAAAUGGGUGGGGGUGAUUCUGGAUGAGCCCAAAGGGAAGAAUGAUGGCACUGUGCAGGGCAAGAGGUACUUCACCUGUGACGAGAACCAGGGCAUAUUCGUCAGGCAGUCUCAGAUUCAGCUCGUUGACGAUGGGGCUGACACCACUUCUCCAGAAACGCCGGAACCUGGAGUUGGAAAAGUCCCCAAACGAGAAAUCAUGGACCCAUCCAAGUCCAGCAAAGUGCGAGGACUCAAAGCCAAAAAGACUGCGACCCGAAAGCCAAAGCCCAGUCGUCCGGCUGGCUCCAUGGGUAAAGGCGCUGCGUCAGGCUCGGCCUCUGCGUCGGCCGGGGAGAUGAGCAGCAGUGAGGCCAGUACACCUGCCCAAACGCCCCUCGCUGCUCCUGUCAUCCCCACCCUCCACUCCCCCGGGAACCCCCCAGCUCCUGUGCCCAGCAAGGAGGAGGAGGCUUUACGAGCUCAGGUGAAGGACCUUGAGGAGAAACUGGAGACUCUGAAAAUGAAACGGACUGAAGAUAAGGCCAAACUGAAGGAGCUGGAAAAACACAAGAUCCAACUGGAGCAGCUGCAGGAAUGGAGGAGCAAGAUGCAGGAACAACAGGCUGAGCUACAGAAGCAACUCAAGGAGGCCAAGAAAGAGGCAAAGGAAGCUCAGGAAGCUAAGGAGCGUUACAUGGAGGAGAUGUCGGAUACAGCGGACGCAAUCGAAAUGGCGACUCUGGACAAAGAGAUGGCGGAGGAGAGGGCGGAGUCUCUGCAAUUGGAGGUGGACUCACUCAAAGAGAGGGUGGAUGAACUCACCAUGGACCUGGAGAUACUCAAACAUGAGAUCGAGGAGAAGGGUUCAGAUGGGGCUGCGUCCAGUUAUCACGUCAAACAGCUGGAAGAACAGAACGGGAGACUCAAGGAGGCUCUAGUCAGGAUGCGUGACUUAUCAGCAUCAGAGAAACAGGAGCAUGUGAAGUUACAGAAGCAGAUGGAGAAGAAGAAUGUGGAGUUGGAUGCUCUGAGAGGACAGAAGGAGAAACUACAGGAGGAGGUGGCAGCAGCUGAGAAGACCAUCGACGAGCUGAAGGAGCAGGUCGAUGCAUCUUUGGGAGCAGAGGAAAUGGUGGAAACUUUAACCGAGAGGAAUUUGGAUUUGGAGGAGAAAGUGAGAGAGCUCAGAGAGACAGUCACUGACCUGGAAGCCAUAAACGAGAUGAAUGAUGAGCUGCAGGAGAAUGCCAGAGAGACAGAGCUGGAGUUGAGGGAAAUGCUGGACCUUGGAGCAGCCAGAGUCCGAGAGGCUGAGAAACGAGUGGAGGCAGCUCAGGAGACUGUGGCUGACUAUCAACAAACCAUCCAGAAAUACAGAGAGCUCACUGCACACCUGCAGGAGGUGAACCGUGAGCUGACCAGUCAACAGGAAGCAAGCGCAGAGCAGCAGCAGCAGCCUCCAGCCGAGAUGUUCGAUUUCAAGAUUAAAUUUGCAGAGACAAAAGCCUACGCCAAGGCCAUUGAGAUGGAGCUGAGGCAGAUGGAAGUGUCUCAGGCAAACAGACAUGUGUCUUUACUGACAGCAUUUAUGCCUGAGUCCUUCCUGCGUCAUGGAGGAGACCAUGAUUGUAUACUGGUGCUACUGCUUAUCCCCAGGCUCAUCUGCAAGGCAGAGCUGAUCAGCAAACAGGCCAGAGAGAAGUUUGACCUGAAUGAAAACUGCUCUGAGCGGACUGGCCUGAAGGGGGCAGCAGGGGAGCAGCUGAGCUUCGCUGGGGGCCUGGUUUACUCUCUCAGUCUCCUCCAGGCAACACUGCACAAAUAUGAACAGGCUUUGUCAGGGUGCAGUGUGGAGGUCUAUAAGAAGAUUGGCUCCCUGUAUCCAGAGAUGAGUGUUCACGAACGCUCUCUGGACUUCCUCAUUGACCUACUGCACAAAGACCAACUGGACGAGACCGUGAAUGUGGAGCCUCUCACUAAAGCUAUUAAGUACUAUCAGCAACUGUACAGCAUCCAUCUGGCAGACCAACCUGAAGAUUGCACUGUACAGCUGGCAGAUCACAUUAGAUUUACUCAAAGUGCGUUGGACUGCAUGGCGGUGGAGGUGGCUCGCCUGCGUUCCUUCCUUCACGCAGGGCAGGAGAAGACAGAUCUGGCUGUGCUCCUCAGAGACCUGGGGACCUCCUGCUCCGACAUCAGACAGUUCUGUAAAAAGAUCCGACGCAGAAUGCCCGGUACAGACGCUCCCGGUAUCCCAGCAGCACUCAGCUUUGGACCACAGGUCUCGGGCACUCUGUCAGACUGUAGGAAGCACCUGACGUGGGUGGUGGCAGUGCUGCAGGAGGUGGCAGCGGCCGGGGCCCAGAUGGUGUCUCCUCUGGGGGAGCAGGAGGGACUGUCUGCUGCUAAACUGGAGGAUGUGGCUUUUAAGGCUGGAGAACAGAUCUAUGGAGCUCAAGGUGCCAACCCACAUGAAUAUCUCCGUCAAUCCUGUGGCAGCGUCAUCGCCACCAUGAACAAAAUGGCCACCGCGAUGCAGGAGGGCGAGUACGACUCUGAAAAGCCCCAAAACAAGAAUCCUCCUCCCGUGGACCUCAGAUCUGCGGCGCUUAGAGCUGAGAUCACAGAUGCAGAGGGGCUGGGCAUGAAGCUGGAGGACAGAGAGACCGUCAUCAAAGAGCUCAAGAAGUCCCUCAAAAUCAAGGGAGAGGAGCUGAGUGAGGCCAGUGUGCGCCUCAGUCUCCUGGAGAAGAAACUGGACAGUUCAUCCAAAGAUGCCGAUGAACGAGUGGAGAAGAUCCAGAUGAGACUGGACGAGGCUCAGACUCUGCUCAAGAAGAAAGAGAAGGACUUUGAAGAGACGAUGGACGCGCUCCAGGCUGAUAUCGACCAACUGGAGGCGGAGAAGGCCGAGCUGAAGCAAAGAGUGAACAGUCAGACCAAGACCACCGUGGAGGGGGUCAGAGGAGGAGCCCAGUCUGGAAUCUCCUCUAUCGUCACAGGGGGCGCUGGAGAAGAACAAAAAGCCACUACAGUGUCCUGUCUGGGUUCAGGUUCAGGCCUCCAGGUGAUAGACUCUCCUCUGCUUACUCAACAAAUCCAAGUCCAGAGACUGUGCAUCAAACGACUCAAAAACGAGAACAACAGGCUCAAGGCUGAGAGGAUGCGAGCCCAGUUGGCAUCUCUGCCUCCUCUACAUGUGACUAAACUCCCCCCCAAAGGCUCCCCUGAAGUGAUCUCUAGUGCCCUCUACCGAAAAACAGACCAACUGCUGGAGACUCUGUUGCAGAUGAGUGCCAAUGUCAAAGUGGUGGAUGUCACUGGGAAAUCUCCUGUGACCCCGAGUGCUCAGCUGUUGGAGCAGACGGCUCGGCUCCAGUCUCUCUCAGAUACUCUGGACAGACUCAAGGAUGAAGUGGCAGAGCAUGUAGUGAAUCAGCACCCCGGAGCUCGAGUCUCAUCAGACUUUGCCACAUUUCCAUCAGCUCCAUUCGUCAAGGCAAAGGAGGAGAAGCUGGGUGAUGCUGUGUUGGUGGGGCGGGUGAUGGUUCCAUGUCCCAGAGGUCAGGAGCAGGUGCACCGCCUCGUCCUGUCCCCAAACCAGCUCCACAGGGUCCACAGUCUGCUCCAAACCACAUAAAGACCGGACCAAAACUUCAUGAAAUCCUGACAAAAUCCUGACAAUA